GUCUCUCUCAAUGUGCAAGUCAACUCCAUCGCCACUCAAAUUUCUUGUUCUUCACAUUAACCAAAAGCCUCCUCGAAUCGCCAUUUUCCCUCAAUUUUUUUUUUAACCAAUUCUAAAGAAAUUUGAAAUUUUCAUCUCGCCCAUUUGUUGAUGAUUACAAUUAUGGUAAUCGGGAAGAAGAAUCACGUUCUCACUUGCCAAUUUUUGUUACUUAUGUUUCUACUACUACUGCUGCCGCCACCGCCGGCCGCCGCGCAAGAUGCUGGAGCUGGAACGAUACCGGUAUCGUCGGAGCCGGAGAGAGAGGAGAUUGGCUGGUGUUGGAAUCGGAAGAGGUGGCGGAGGUGGAGGUGGCGGCGUGCCGUGGAGGCCGUCGCGUGGAUUGGAUCCGGCGUUCAUAGCGACAUUCCCGACUUUUGUGUAUUCGAAGGUGAAAGGGCUCAAAAUCGGAAAAAGCUCGUUGGAAUGCGCCGUUUGUUUGAAUGAAUUUGAAAAUAGCGAUAUGCUGCGAUUAAUUCCGGAGUGUAGCCAUGUUUUUCACUCGGGUUGUGUUGAUGCUUGGUUAAUUUCACACUCGACUUGUCCUGUUUGUAGAGCUAAUCUCUGUCCUAAACCUGGUGAAGUAACAUUGUCGAUCUUUAACUCCGAUCCAUCCACCGGCUCAGAAAGAAUCGGAGUCGAACGGUCGCCGACGCCAUCCCCAUCCCCGCCGCCAAACCACGUGACGAUUCCGGUGGUGGAAGACCGCCGUGCGGCAACGGAGACGACGAAUGUGACGAAUCCGAGUCCGGUGGCGAACAGGAGUACUCCGACGCGGUCGAGGUCGUUGGGAAGGCGGUUGAGUGAGAUAUUCCAACGGUCUAACUCGACCGGUCACGAGCGGUUCACUUUGCGAUUGCCAGAGGCGGUUCGGAGCCAGCUAAUGAACUCGACUUUGAACCGGACCAGAAGUUUGGCGGAGUUGCCGAGAGUGCGGAGUUCGCGACGGGGAUUUCGGGGUGGAACCGGAGAGAAUGGUGGGUGGAGGAAUUUUCUUCAACGGACUUUUUCGGUGCCGGCGCCGGUUGUCGGAAGGACUGCCGACACCGGCCGGCAUCCGGUGGAUGAGGAUUUAGGCGAACGGUCGUUUGCGCGGCUGACGUCGCGUGAAAAUUGUCCAAGUACAGCGGCAGAAUAGCUUUAGAAUUCGUGUGAUUUGGGGUUCUUUCUCUUUUGGCCUUUUUGAAAAAAUGAAAUUUGUAAAUAUUACAUUUGAAAAUUUCUAAAAUUUUACUUUCUGCCUUAAAUUUAAAAUAACAUGAAUAACAUCUCAACAAAA